AUCGUCUUCCACCUUGUCUCCAGUACAGAGAACAGGAUACCCUGAUACUCCCACCGUCCCUCACUUUUAUCCCUUCCUUGAUUGUAUCUACUACAUGAACCCUCAACCGCAAACAUGGACUUCGCCGCCCUAAUGUCCAAAGAAAUCUCCAAGGCCAAAGCUAGCGCCAAAAAACCCUCCCCAUCGCCAACACCAGCAACCAACACCCCCUCCGCCGCCACCACCACAUCAACCCCUCCAACCGACCCCCCCGCCACCGAACCAAAAAAAUACACCCGCCGCGCCGACCUCGAAGCCGCGCGCCUGACCGCCUACAACGAAGAACAAGCGCGCCUGGCCGCCGAGCGCGCCGCCCGACACGCCCAGAAGCGCAAAGCCGAGGACGAAGAGGCCGCGCGCCGGCGCGAGCGCGAGGACAAGAAGCGUCGGCUGGCCGAGGAGUCGCGGCGGCGGCGGGAGGAGGACGAGGCUUUGCGGGAGCGCGAGCGGAGGAAACGGCUGGGGUUGCCGGAGCUUACUCCUUCGGAGGGGGAUGGGGAGACGGCAGCUGGGGCCGGGGCGGGGGACGAGGAACUCUCGGCGGAGGAGGUGAAGCAGCGGCUACGGGAGCUGGGGGAACCGGUGACGCUCUUUGGGGAGGGCGAGAAAGCGCGCGCGCGCCGGUAUUGGCGGGUUGUUAGGAAGGAUGAGCCCGACACUGGUGGUGGUGCAGCAGCGGUGCAGCGACAAAAAUGGACGGACGGGCCGAUUCCCACGACGUUGGAGCUGGUGCCGGAGGUCGAGAUGAAGAUUCCCGCGACGGUUCCGAAGGAGGAUGAAGGGAAGGAAUUCUUGUUUCGGCAGUUGGCCUCGUAUUUUACCAUGGUCCUGAAGGAGUGGGAGGCUGCGCUGGCGAAGCGCGAUGUCUCGGUCAAGCAGAGUCUGCAGGGUCGGCAGGCGUUUAAUGCCAUGGUGCAGUCGCGGGAGAAUAUGAAGCCGCUGUUCCGGAAGUUCGAGAAGGGGGAUCUGGAUGCCGCGGUCUUGGAGCAUGUGGUUGAGAUUGUGCACAAGGCGCAGCUGCGCCGCUAUGUCGAUGCCAAUGAUGCAUAUCUGCGGUUGAGUAUUGGAAAAGCUGCGUGGCCCAUUGGUGUGACCAUGGUGGGUAUCCACGAGCGUUCAGCGCGCGAAAAGUUGCAUCAAAGCGAUCAACAGGCCCACAUCCUAAGCGACGAAAGCACUCGCAAGUAUCUCCAGAGUAUCAAGCGGUGUCUCAGCUUCGCGCAGACUCGGUGGCCGCCGGACGACCAGUUGCAGAUUAUGGGUUGA